UGCAUUAACUCUUUUUAUUUAUCCAAAUUGCUCCUAUGGAGAAGAUAAGAUCGGAUAAGUUAACUCUUGUGUUGGUUAAUAUAGCUGGUAUAAUGGAGAAAGCUGAUGAAGCUUUGUUACCUAAUGUUUAUACUGAAAUUGGCAAAGAUUUGCAUACUGAUCCAACUGGUCUUGGUUCUCUUACUCUGUUUAGAUCAUUAGUUCAAUGUCUUUGUUAUCCAUUAGCUGCGUAUCUUUCUACUCGUCGUAACAGAGGUCACGUCAUUGCUUUUGGUGCUUUUCUAUAGUCUGCUGCAACUUUCCUUGUUGCCAUCUCUUCCACCUUCACUCAGGUUAUUUAAUUUAUGUCGCGUAUAUCAUGUUGUUUGUUUGUCUUGCGUAAAAGGUUUAUCAGAAACAGUCUCUCUAUCUAUCUGUUGUUCACUUAUGCUUGUAGUAUACUGUUUAUGUAUGUUUUUUAUGUGUAGAUAACAGAUGUUGACUUUUCAUGUGUUUACUUUUUUAUCAUACUACUUGAAUUUAAGCAAAUCUAACAGAUGUUGUUUAACACAGAUAGCGAUUUCGAGAGGAUUGAAUGGAAUAGGACUUGCGAUUGUCACACCAGCAAUCCUAUCUCUAGUUGCUGAUUCAACUCAUGAGAGUAAUCGCGGUACAGCUUUUGGAUGGUUAGCAUUAACAGGAAGCUCUGGUGCAGUUGUUGGUGGGACUAUGUCUGUGCUGAUUGCUGAAACAUCAUUCAUGGGAAUCACGGGCUGGAGAAUCUCCUUUCAUCUGGUUGGUGUUAUUAGUGUUCUUGUCGGUUUGCUAGUCUAUUUCUUUGCCAACGAUCCACAAUACGUUGGAAGUAAGAAAAAUCAGCGUAUAGUAAAACCAUUUCAAGAAGAAAUUAGUGAACUGAUAAAAGAAGCGAAAGCAGUUAUAAAAGUUCCAUCGUUUCAAAUACUUAUCGCUCAAGGGGUUUCGGGGAUGUUCCCCUGGUCAGCAUUGUCAUUUGCCACAAUGUGGUUGGAGCUUAUCGGAUUCUCUCACAAGACGACAGCACUUCUCAGUACUUUGUUUCAAGUUUCUCAGUCACUUGGCGCGUUGUGCGGAGGAUUCUGUAAGAAUUACAAGAAACAAUUCAUGGGGGAUGUAUUGGCUAAGCGUUUGCCUAAUUCUGGUAGGAUUAUACUCUCUCAGAUUAGCACUGGAUCAGCAAUACCUUUAGCUGCAAUUUUGCUGCUGCUAUUGCCUAAUGAUCCUAAAACAGCUACGUUGCACGGUAUAGUCUUGUUCAUCACGGGAUCAAUCAUAUCAUGGUGUGGUCCAGCGACAAACAAUCCAAUAUUUGCUGAGAUAGUUCCUGAGAGAGCUCGAACAAGCAUUUAUGCUCUGGAUCGAUCUUUUGAGACCAUAAUAUCGUCUUUUGCUCCAUUGGUGGUUGGUAUGUUAGCUCAACAAGUUUUUGGUUAUAAGCCAAUCGCGGAGGGAUCAACAGGCUCACAAGAGAUUGAAACAGAUAGACAAAAUGCUGUAUCACUUGCUAAGGCAUUGUACACUGCAAUAGGCAUUCCAAUGGUCAUCUGUUGCAUAAUCUAUUCCUUCCUAUAUUGCACAUAUCCACAAGAUAGGGAUCGAGUCCGGUUGCAGAUGAUUGAAGAAACAGACAACUCUCCAUCCGAAGAACAACAGCCCUUACUCGAGCACGAUGAGGGCAGAAUUCAUUCAGCAAAGUAGUUAGUAACAAACUUACUUCUUCAUAUGUUGUUUGUAUUAUUGAAAUCAAAACACAUAAUAAAGGGAAAGUAACAAAACGAAACAUGAAUAUUAAGUAAAUACCACGUCUUUCUAAAGCACAAGACUCGAUUUCCUCAAUCAACGCGAUGAGAUGUGUAUGAGAGGAACCCUCUUAUUCAGUGGCAUUCAGCAGUAUCAUCUCUGCCAUCAACUUAGCAUUUGCUCGGAUUUUUAAUUCGCUCAGGUUAACUUACCUGAGGAAAACUUUAGUGUCUGAAUGCAGUAUAUGCAUCCAGACACUAAUGAUAGUGACUCUGAGGCCGUGGAAGGCGAAGAGUCGAGCUAUUUGUACCAAUGCAAGUUAAAUGGCUCAUCAUGUUGUAUGGAAGGAACGCAACAUGUGGUGCCAUUGUGGUUCAAAGCACUAAAACAGAAGAAGAAAAAGAGGCUAAACAAAGUAUAUUUUUCUUGUUGAAACUCACAAUUUAUUAGUGUAUUAGUGGAAAUAUGUUGAAAACACGUGUAGCUUAACAUAACACAUGAGUAAUAUAUGUAGUAACACGCGAAGUUUAACAAAACACACGAUUAAUAUAUGUAGUAACACAUGAAGUUUAACAUAACACAUGAGUAAUCGAUUGUGAUUAAGAAAAACAUAAUAACACAUAAGUAAUUGAUUGUGAUUAAAAAAAACAAAAUAACACAUGAAUAAUCGAUUGUGAUUAAAAAAAUAAAAUAACGCAUGAAUAAUCGAUUGUGAUUAAAAAAAUAAAAUAACACAUGAAUAAUCAAUUGUGAUUGGAAAAACGAAAAAAAAAGUGGAUCCGAUUAUAUAAUCAGGGGAUUGAA